AUGCUGGCCCUCCGCUCCAUUGCUGCCCCGGUGCAGCGCCAAUGCUUUCGUGCAGCUCCCCGCGCGGCCUUGACCAUCUCGCUGCAGAACCAGCGCAUGUACUCGUCGCAAGACCGUGUCGCCAAGUUUAACGGACAGAAAGAUGCACAGGGUCGCUACACAGUCAGUCUAAUCGAGGGUGAUGGCAUUGGUCCCGAGAUUGCCGUCGCUGUCAAAGACAUCUUCGCCGCCGCCAAGACCCCUAUCAACUGGGAGCCCAUCAACGUCGACCCUAUUCUAAAGGAUGGCAAGACCGCGAUUCCCGACGCUGCCAUUGACAGCAUCAAGAAGAACAAGAUUGCCCUGAAGGGUCCCCUUGCUACCCCAAUUGGCAAGGGCCACGUCUCUCUUAACCUUACGCUCCGCCGCACAUUCAACCUCUUCGCCAACCUCCGCCCAUGUCGUUCCGUUGCCGGAUACAAGACACCGUACGACAACGUCGACACCGUCCUCAUCCGCGAGAACACCGAGGGCGAGUACUCUGGCAUUGAGCACGUUGUAGUGGAUGGUGUGGUGCAAAGCAUCAAGCUUAUUACCCGCGAGGCCAGCGAGCGCGUGCUGCGCUUCGCCUUCCAGCAUGCUCGUGCUAUUGGCCGCAAGAAGGUUCGCGUCGUGCACAAGGCCACCAUCAUGAAGAUGAGCGACGGCUUGUUCCUCACCGUUGGAGACCAGGUCGCCAAGGAGUUCCCCGAUAUCGAGUUCGACGCUGAGCUGCUCGACAACACCUGCCUCAAGAUGACCACCGACCCGGUUCCCUACAACGACAAGGUCCUGGUGAUGCCCAACCUGUAUGGUGACAUUCUGUCCGACAUGUGCGCUGGCUUGAUUGGUGGUCUGGGUCUAACACCCUCGGGCAACAUCGGCGAUGAGUGCUCCAUCUUUGAGGCCGUCCACGGUUCCGCCCCUGACAUUGCCGGCCAGGGCCUCGCCAACCCCACUGCCCUCCUCCUCAGCUCCAUGAUGAUGUUGAGGCAUAUGGGCCUGAACGAAUACGCCGACCGGAUCGAGAAGGCGGCAUUCGACACGCUCGCUGAGGGCAAGGCCCUGACUGGUGACCUCGGUGGCAAAGCCAAGACGCACGAGUAUGCGGCCGCCAUCAUUCAAAAGCUAUGA